GGUCACAUCCUGGGGGUGUUAAGACGAAAAACUCAGCACGAAAAGAGUCCAGCCGACGGGCAGGACCUCUUCACCGAAUCAACUCUUGCUGCCCCCGGACAUGUGCACGCCGGUAUACCGCUCAUAGUGGGAAGCGGGCCACAACGGCCACUCUCAAGGCAUGGAGGUGGAAGUUCGCGAGGGUGACCUCCGAGACUCCACCGCACUACUGGUCAACAAUACGCCCUCUAAUCUAGGGAUAGAUGGACCAGUAGUGAUAGUCCGUGCAGAAGAGGUGCUGCUUGUGGUCCUUGUCCUUACGCUGUGGGUGGCUGCGAUCGCCCUUUUUUUCAAUCGCUGGGGAAAGAUUAGGAUGUUGGAACCGUAUCAGCCGAAGUUUCAACAAUCUCAUCGACCGUCGUGUCCCUUAGCGCCCUUAAGUCCACCCGGAAUCACCCCCCAAGUGAGCACUGUGCAACGGCCACAGAAAUCGAUCUGUCAAAGAAUGUCGUUUUCGAAGUACAACGUGAGCUGUCUCAACGAUUACUCCGGUCUGCCCUCUCCUAACCCGCUUAGAAGGCCGAGGCAGAAUUCGGUGUUCGUUGGUAGUUCGACAAUGGCAUUUAUGAAUCCGCCGCGACGUGUAAAAUCCGCAAUCGACAUACAGCAUUUAGUUUUAAACGAGUAUAGUCCGACAUCAUCGAGUUGCAAUUCAAUGUUACCCAUGGCAGCCUCACAUCGCGAUCGCAAGCCGUCUGUCAGCAUCGAAAGGCCCGGACGCCGAAAACCGUCAAUUGCAACGUCAAUAUCAUCCUAUGGAAGGAACCGGAGACCUUCGUGUUGUGGCGAUAGACCUCUGUUUGGGCGCCAUCGUAAUUUUAUUAGUUUUGAUCAACCUAUAUUAAGCUUCGAUCGUAGAAGAUCGGUCGCGACCGAAAGACCUUCUUGUAUCGUGCAUCAACCGACCGUCAGCUUUGAAACGCCGAGCGAAUCUUUGGAGGCGCCAUUCCUUGUGGUGGAACCUCCUCCCUCGACGGCAAACAGUUAUUCAACAUCAGUAGUAAACCCAUCGACGCCAUUUAGAAAAACGUCAUUUAGCUUCGAGCAGCCAACUGUUAACGUAGAAAGAACUAAGCAACCCAGAAUGGCAACAAGCUUAGACAUCAACGUCAACGCCAUCAGCUUCUCUCGGCGAUCGUCGAUGCCGGAUCCAGACCGAUCAUCCCCCGUUAGCAUCACGUUUGACGAAACUAAAAUCACCGCACCGCUUCUUGAAGGACUUAAAAGUUCCGAUGUGUGAUGGCUAAUACUAAUAAUUUGUCGAUUGCGUUCUUUGUUUAUGUUAAUAUGGCUACACAUAUCUAAUCUAAAUUUAAAAUACACAAAAAGCGUUGUCUCAUUUUGCAAUUACUUAAAAUAAAUUGACGUUGAAUGUGUUCAAAAACAACUUCACCCAUCGCUAAACAAAGUGCACGGAUGUUAAUAUUCAAGUUUGUUUGUGACGCUGAUCAAUUAUAGCCUGUAGUAGAUGUCCUAAAACAACGCUAUUCCACAACAGUAAAUGCCUUUGAGGAGUGUCUUAUGUCAACUUGGCUCCCCUCUAUUUUGCAUAUUUAUUACUCAAAUUGAAAAAGAAUAAUUUAAGAAAUGAAGUAACUUUUUACCCUUCACAUUUUAUUGUAAGGCAAAGCUUUAAGUAGUGAUCGUAAACAGUCAGUUAUUCUACAAACUGAAAACUUCUUGACUGAAUUCGUCUAUUUUCAUACUAGAUAGCUAGAAAUUGACGUUUCUGUUAAUAAUCGGGGCAAUAAAUGGGUAGAUCAAUUAUUCUUUAAGCUCAAAGAUAUAUUUUCGUUAUAUUGAAAUAUAAAUAUCAAAAAAUUGUAGUUGAUUUGAAUUUAAGUGUGAUUAAACAAAAUUUUUAUAUUUAUAUUUGUAAUACGGUUUUGUAAACUUAACAUACAUAGGAAGGAUAGUGGUUGUAGCACAAAUUCAACGUGUAGAUUAAAUUUGCAUGGAUUUGAGAAACACAGCAGCAAGUGCAAUUUCUUAAAGAUAAAACUGGCAUUAUUCCAUCCGGUUUGUACAAUUAUAAGGUUACAUACGUCUAUUAGCUCAAAUGAAAUUCAUGUAACUAUGUUUGAAAUGUAAAAUGUGAUAUAUUUAUAAUGGCUUUACAGGACCAAUGAACGAUACGUUUUUCAAUUUGUAUUUUUACUAUUACAGCUAGACGUUUGUUUAACUGCCGACCGUUUCUAUUUCCCCCCCUAUGAAAAUAACGAAUUGAAUAACGUAGCUGUAAAUUUUAAACUGCAGUAGAUGUACAAAAUAUCAAUACUAAAUUUAAAGUUACUUCUUUUGGGACCUAACCUAGAUAAUAUCGUAGAAAUUACUACUUACACUAUUUCUAGUUUCUAUUGUAUGAAUUGUUUAGGGAAGUGUAUAUUUUAGACCAAGUAUAGCAAAGAGAAAACUUUUAAUACAUGAACCAACAUAUGCUAAUAACCAUAUUAUCGCAUAACACUAUAUAUUGUUACAAAUAAUAAAUGUGUUACAUAAUG